UUACAACUAUAUGUGCGUAAUGGAUUUCAUAGGAUCAUCCACAAAUAGAGGAGGACUUUAAUUUUCACAUCAUCGACAGAUAAUAAAACCCUUAGCUUCCACCACCGCAUGAGCAAAGUGUUUUCCCAAUCCUUUAGUUUGUUGCUAUUUGCUAACUCUGGACAAGAAAUAAAUAUCUGUGCAAGAAAAGAAGCACUAUACAUUUUCAGAUAAGAAAGCUUUUCAAAGUUAUGUGACCCCAAAUCUAGGGGUGUGAAAAGUAAAUGCAUGGAUCAAAGGGAGGCUAUGUCAUUAACAGGCUCGGCUUCGUAUUACAUGCAUCCGGGCACAGCCGAGUCUGUCACAGGACUGCAAAGUUCACCGAACAUGAGCCCUUUAUCGAACGCCGCCUUACACUUUCAAUCCAACAUUGGUGGCAGCUUAAACGUACAUUUGGAUUCUUCGUCUGCAAUGUCUGCUCAUGGAGUUGGCGGGGGCUCACCUGCUAUGCAGCAAGGUGAACCUGUUCUUCGUAGAAAGAGGGGUAGGCCUCGUAAAUACGGACACGAUGGUGGGGUUUCGUUGUCAUUAACGCCCUCUGUGUCUAAUCCUGCAUCGAUAUUAAGACAGCCUCAAAAAUGGAAAGGAAGGCCUUCGGGUAGUGGUCGUAAGCCACUAAUGUCUUCUCCAGGUGGAUCGGUUUUUAGCGGAGCUGGGACAAUGACUCCACAUGUCAUCAACAUUGCAGCUGGAGAAGACAUCAAGAGAAAGAUACUGUCGCUUUUACAUGGAAGACGAGGCAUAGUUGUUUUGUCGGGCAUUGGUUCUAUUUCAGCUGCAAACAUUAAAAUCUCAAGCUCGAAUGGCUCUGUCACGUACGAGGGUCAUUUUGAUAUGGUAAAUUUAUCGGGUUCCUAUAUGAACGAGGUUGAUGGGCAUAAUGGUCCAACUGGUGCAUUAACUGUUACUUUUGCGGGGCCCGAUGGUCGUCUAAUAGGGGGCCCAGUCGAUGGAGUUCUCAUCGCUGCCAGCCCUGUUCAGGUAAUUGCUGGAAGCAUGAUGGCAUUCGCUUCAAAGUCGAAAAACAAGGCGUUGAACGAUCCGGAAGCUUCGGGAAACCCUGACAGAAGUACACUUGGAAACUCGGUAGCUCAAGCUAACAUUAUUCAGCCUAGUCAGCAGAAUCUCAACCCGAUGGGCAUGUGGUCGAGUUCGAGAUAAGAGAAUGUGUACAUUUUAACCGAUGCUUGAGUUAUACUAUAAAUUCCAGGUAUAUAGGUUAGCUGGAUGAAACUACAUUGAAAUUAUUUGUUCCAUAAUUGCUAAAGGAGAAAGAGCACUUUUGGCUCACUGCAUACAUUUGCAUUUUCUUUUACCUUACUUAGGUUGUCAAAAACAAAUGUACAUCUCUUAAUUGACAAAAACAAUUUCAGUUCUGCACUAUAUGUGAAUGACAGCAGAAAUCAAGAAUGUCUGUUUCGGUA